AUGUUACGUCUUACCAUCAUCGUUGCUGCCACCAAAUCGAAUGGGAUCGGCUUCAACUCGCGUCUACCAUGGCGACUGCGAAAAGAGAUCAAGUACUUUGCGCAAGUUACAACUACUGCACCAUCUGGCCAGCAAAAUGCUGUAAUUAUGGGUAGGAACACAUGGGAAAGUCUCCCACAAAAGUUCCGACCACUCCCCAACCGCCUCAACGUCGUUAUCAGCCGUAAUCUGGCCUACGAUUUGUGCGAAUUUGCUGCACGUGUCAAUGAGCAUGACCUCAAAUCUGCACUGUCACGAGUAGAGAAUCCAACCUCGGCCUCGUCGUCGUCACCCAUACACAGAGCUUUCAUCAUUGGCGGCGCGUCAUUAUAUUCAGAAGCGCUUGGUCUAUCAACAGACGUUGUUGAUCACAUCUUACUCACGCGUAUUGUCUCUCCGGACUUUGAGCAAUGUGAUGUAUUCAUGCCCGACUUUCUGUCGGGUAAGGGGGGGUGGAAACGUGUGAAUCACGCUGUGUUGGAGGAGUGGGUCGGGUUUGAAGUGGUAGAGGGUGUGCAAGAGGAGGAUGGUGUGAAAUACGAGUUUCAGAUGUGGGUGCGGGAUUAA